AUGUUGCAAGAAUUUAUAUCUUGUGUGGUAAAUAAAUUUGUGUUAAGUAGUUUCCAAAGAAUGCUAUUAGAAGGCUAAUAAGUUUUUGUUUUUGUUUUUAAUCAUUUUGUUUCCGUGUCAAUCAUCUUUUAUUUUUAUAAUUUGUAUUAAUUUUUUUAUACAUAGUAUUGUCAUUUCUCAUUUCAGUUCAUUUUUUAUUUCAGUUUCUUCCUGGUUUACAGUACACCACAUGUUGGAUAAUGUAAAAUUUACACAAAUCAUAGAUAGGUUGGUUUCAGUUCUAUAUCAUUAAUGUAUUUUUUGUUUAGUUUUUAGUAACAAUCAUAAAGUUUUUCUUUUGCUUAUUUUUUGUCUGUUCUAAUAAGAAUCCUUAUAAUGGUGUUAAUGAGUUUCUUAAAAAUAUUAUAUGUAACAUUGACGUAUAAUCAAAGAAUAUUAAAAAAGAGAAGAGAGUACCAAUAUAUUAUGCAUGCAAUAAGAAAUUCAUUUAUUCAAGUAAAAUGUGAUUUAAGCAUGCUAGUAUGUGCAUGUGUAUAUUCUCUAUAUUUAAAAUGUCUUUGUGUAAUUUUUGAGAUUGUUUUAUUACACAUUAUAAUAUUAUAGCAUUAUAUUAAUAUUCAUAAUUAUGUACUCAAUAUUAAUACUCAGUAUUAUAUAUGAUACUCAAAUUAUCAAUCACAUGUACAUACCACGUAAAUUAUUACAAUUAAUGUUUCAUGUAAAUUUUAGUUACUAAUCACUAAAAAUAAUGUCAUUUUAAUAUUUAAUUUAUUUUAUUAAUUAUUUGCAUUAUAUCUUUGUCUGAUUUAUAAAUCAAUUGUCCAAUUGCACAAUUCAGUCCUGUACUGUAGAUUUUGUUUGUUUAUAUCCUAUGCAUUAUGAAACAAACAUAUUAAAUAUUACAUAUUAAAAUAUUAUAUAUACAGGUACCUGAAAAAUGUAUUUCCAAAAGUAGAAGAAACUAUGUUGCUUGAUAUUUUGGAACAAAGUGAUAACAAUGUUCAAAAAGCUUCUGAAAAAUUAAUCGAUUUGGGUUAUGAAAAAAGAAAUCCUACAGCUCCUAAAUCAUUAAAAAAAAAAGAAGAGGAACAAUGAAAAUACGAUUAAUGGAAAAGUAUAAAUCAGUGCCAGAAAGAGUAAUAAUGCUUGCUAUGGAUAGUGUUGACUAUGAUGAGGAAAGAGCAAUACACAUAUUAGAUAUCAUGGUUACAGAAGAAGCUACAAGACCUUUGUGUACAUCAAGUAGUCAAAGUAGUAGAAGCGAUGAAAGAAAAGACAGUCCACCUAUAACUGAAGCUGUAAAAUUAACUGCUUCACCAAUUAAGAAAGUAGUUAAGGAUGCAGAUUCUGAAAAAUCUAAACGGUCAAAAACUAAAAUAGAAAUUCCAAAAGUUUCUCGAGGAACCAGUACUACAGAAGACAAUGAAUACAAGUCUCCAUAUCUGAUAAAACCAGUUGGACCAAACCCUGAUUUACCAAAAGGAGCUAGUAAUGACUUACUUUUGCCUGAUUAUGCACCAUGGUCAGGGCCAGAUCCAAAUUUAUUAACUAAAGAGAUGUAUAACAAAACAAUAGCUAAUGGACAUGAUGCAAGUUUGCUUUUUGGGAAUCGUUAUGUUGCCAAAGGACCUAAUCCAGAAUUAAGGAAAGGUCCAUUGAGAGAAUUAACUCAAGGUUCUAUAUAUUCUCAAAGAAAUGUUUCGAAUACGGAAAGUCGCGGCAAAUGAAAUAUGUGUAAUUGUUUUUUUGUUAAUUUUUAUGUUUGCUAAAUUAGUACACGUUUGUUUUACUUGAAUAGUUUCUUUAAUUUAAUAUCUUCAUAUAAAUUAUAGAAAUUCAUAAACGUUCAUUAUUUGAAGUAUUGGCUUUUUUAUUCUUUUAUAUGCAGUAAAAUUACUUUCAACAGUAAUAUUAAUUCAAAUAAACAAAUUAUUGUUAUAUGUUAUUAGAUCCAAAUUUUUGUGUUGUAUGUUUGUAUUAAAACUAUAUUAAUAUAGAUAUUAGUUUAUUUUGUUUAAUUAAAAUUUUAUUUUUUAUGUUCAUUAUUAAUUUUUUAUGUUCACUACUAAUGUAUACUGAGAGUAACCAGUAAAUUGUUUAUAAGGUAGUAAAGAAGAUGUAUUCAUGAAAGAAUAUGUAAAGGAGUGUUCAAAUUGACUUAAACAUAUAUUUUAAAUGAUUUAAAAAAUACAUCAUCUUGAUAUUCUAGCAUGCAUUAUCAAUUUGGAAAAAAAUCACAAUGCUUCCAUUUAUGACAUAUCUUGACACAUAUUUAUUUAUAAAUGUUAUACAUACUUAAAUAUUAUUUUAAUUCAUCCAUAUAUUAUCUCCGCAACUAUUUAUUAUUCCAAGAAAAUGUUGGAAAUAAAAUUUGUUUUGUUUCGAGGAGGAGAUCUUAUGAUAAUCACUAGAUUUGAUUAGAUUGAAAGGUAAAAAGAUUUCGAAAGUCUCGAAGUUACAUCUAUUUUUUAAUGUAGAUAUUUUAAAAUGGAAUCAUACAUUUUUUUAUGAAAUAAUCGAUAUAGCUUGAUAUUGUCUGUAAAAAAAUAUUAAUCUAUAUAUGUCAAAAAUUAAUUCAAGAGAUAUUUUAACCUUAAUUCUGUAGAACCUAUUACAUGAAAAACAAGAGAGGAAUACAUAUUCAUUGUCUUUCAUGCAUAGAUUUUAUA